GGACCGCACGUCCCGGUUUGUCCGCGCCGGGUCACCUGACUCCGCCGAACCACAAACCUGAGGAGGGGCCAGGAGGAGCAGGAGGGUGAGCGCGGCGCAUCGGGCUGAAGAGGCAGCAGCACUAACGUUAGUCGAAGAUGUCGGGUCAGACGCUGACAGAUCGCAUCGCAGCUGCUCAGUACAGCGUUACAGGAUCAGCUGUAGCCAGAGCCGUCUGCAAAGCAACCACACAUGAAGUGAUGGGGCCCAAGAAAAAACACCUGGACUAUUUGAUCCAGGCAACCAAUGAGACCAACGUUAAUAUUCCUCAAAUGGCUGAUACUCUCUUUGAGCGAGCAACGAAUAGUAGCUGGGUGGUGGUGUUCAAAGCCUUAGUUACAACACAUCAUCUAAUGAUUCAUGGCAAUGAGAGAUUUAUUCAGUACUUGGCAUCUAGAAACACGCUAUUCAAUCUCAGCAAUUUUUUGGACAAAAGUGGAUCACAUGGAUAUGAUAUGUCUACCUUCAUAAGGCGUUACAGUAGAUACUUGAAUGAAAAAGCAUUCUCCUACAGACAAAUGGCAUUUGAUUUUGCAAGAGUGAAGAAAGGCGCUGAAGGUGUAAUGAGAACAAUGGUUCCAGAAAAGCUAUUGAAAAGCAUGCCAAUAUUACAAGAACAAAUUGAUGCACUUCUUGAAUUUGAUGUUCAUCCAAACGAAUUGACAAAUGGCGUCAUAAAUGCUGCAUUUAUGCUUCUCUUUAAAGAUCUCAUCAAGCUUUUUGCAUGUUACAAUGAUGGAGUUAUUAAUUUACUGGAGAAAUUUUUUGAAAUGAAAAAGGGACAGUGUAAAGAUGCUCUUGAAAUCUACAAACGAUUUCUGACUAGAAUGACUAGAGUAUCUGAAUUUCUUAAAGUUGCAGAGCAAGUUGGAAUUGACAAAGGAGACAUUCCUGAUCUCACACAAGCUCCCAGCAGUCUUAUGGAGACCCUGGAACAGCAUCUAAACACAUUGGAAGGGAAAAAACCUGGGAACAGUGAAGGUUCUGGUGCUCCUUCUCCCUUGAGCAAGUCUUCUCCAGCCACAACUGUUACAUCUCCUAAUUCUACCCCAGCAAAAAGUAUUGAUACCUCUCCACCAGUUGAUCUCUUUGCAACUUCAUCUACAGCAGCUCCAGUCAGCACUUCCAAACCAUCCAGUGAUCUUCUAGAUCUUCAGCCAGAUUUCACAUCUACUGGGCAAGCAGCUCCAACUGCUUCAGCAGGAGCAACUUCGUGGGGAGACCUCUUGGGAGAGGACAAUCUGGCAGCGCUUUCCAGUGUUACUUCUGAGCCACAGAUUUCAGAUCCAUUUGCUCCAGAGCCUAGCCCAACUACUGCUACAACUACUGAAAUUGCAACUGCUUCAGCUUCUGCUACAACUACAACAACCAUUACUGCUGUCACUGCUGAAGUGGAUCUCUUUGGAGAUGCCUUUGCAGCUUCUCCUGGAGAAGCCCCUGCGGCACCUGAAGGGGCAGCAGCACCAGCUACCCCAACCCCUGUAGCAGCAGCUCUUGAUGCAUGUUCAGGAAAUGACCCAUUUGCCCCAUCUGAAGGUAGUGCAGAGGCUGCUCCCGAGCUGGACCUCUUUGCUAUGAAGCCAACUGAGACCAGUGUUCCUGUAGUUACCCCUACUAGUGCAGCUACUCCAGCUCCCACAACUACUCCUUCUCCAGCUGCCACUGCUGCCACUGCUACUACUGCUACAGCAACUACCACUACCACCACAGCCACCACAUCUGCCACCACCACUACCACCACUUCCGCUCCUCCUGCUCUAGAUAUCUUUGGUGAUUUAUUUGAGUCUGCUCCUGAUGCUCCCGCAGUGCCUAAACCAGAUGCUACUCCUAGCAUAGACCUGUUUGGUACAGAUGCUUUUUCAUCUCCACCACAUGGAACUUCUCCUGUGCCUGAGAGUUCUCUCACUGCUGAUCUCUUAUCUGUGGAUGCAUUUGCAGCACCAUCUCCUCUACCCGCUGCCUCUCCAGCAAAAGUGGAUUCUUCAGGUGUGAUUGACCUAUUUGGUGAUGCUUUUGGAAGUAGUGCUUCUGAACUCCAACCUGCAACCCAGACAGCUUCUAGUUCCUCAGCUUCUGCAGACUUACUGGCUGGCUUUGGAGGUUCUUUCAUUUCUCCCUCUCCAUCACCAUCACCAGUUACUCCAGCUCAAACCACCUUAUUACAGCCCAACUUUGAAGCAGCUUUUGGAACAUCACCAUCAACUGGUGGCAGCUCAUUUGAUCCAUCAGUGUUUGAUGGUUUAGGUGAUCUUCUUAUGCCAACUAUGAUUCCAUCUGGUCAGUCUGUAGCAGCUUCAGCUGCUACAGCUUCAGCAGCAAGCAAAGGCCUUGGAAGUGAUCUUGAUUCAUCUCUCGCAAAUUUAGUAGGCAAUCUUGGAAUUUCUGGCACCAUAUCAAAAAAGGGAGACCUUCAGUGGAAUGCUGGAGAAAAGAAGUUAACAGGAGGAGCUAACUGGCAACCAAAAGUAGCACCUGCAACAUGGUCAACUGGUGUUCCUCCAGCUGGUCCCUUGACUGGAACUGUGCCUCCAGCAAGUGGUAUUCCUCCUGCCUCAGGUGUCCCCCCAGUUGCACAGCCAGGAUCAGGAUUUGGAAUCCCUCCUUCUGGACCAAGUGUAUCCAUGAUGCCUCAGCCGCCAGUUAUGUAUGGACAACCUAUGAUGAGGCCACCAUUCGGAGUUGCAUCUGGACCUGGUGCACAACUGUCUCCAAGCCCUACACCUGCCACUCAGAGUCCCAAGAAACCUCCAACAAAGGACCCAUUAGCAGAUCUUAACAUCAAGGAUUUCUUGUAAACAAUUAAGCUGCAGUUUUUUCUGACUGGAUAGUUAAAAAUGUGAGUUUGGAGUCUACAAAUCACAGAUUGAUGCUCAGAGUUUCAAAGUGAGCCACCAGUACCAAACCCAGUGCUUAUUCAGACUGUCUUUUACUUCCGAAACGUGUAGCACAGCUGUGAAAGUGAACGUUAGGAAUGUGUACUACCUUAGCUGUUAUCCCUACUCUCUCUCAAUUUGUGUACUUGGGUUAUUUGUGUUCUACAGUUUAAACAAUGGAUGUAUGUUUCUGAUGCCUUCUAGUGCUUUUCUGAACCUAUUCAGUAGGGGCAGAUUAUGCAGCUGUUGUGUGGUGAGCCAGUUGGAGCGAUAUGUCUGUGUUUUUGAAGGUUUCAAUGUAUAUAACUUUUGACAAACAUCUGAAAUUUCCCUAAAAGUUCCGUUUCUUCAUCUGUUACAAAACAUAGUGUGAUAAUACCAAUAGUAAGAAACACUUAACUAGACAAAAUCUUUGUGUGAAAUACAUUUUUCCCAGUCACAUGAAUUUCAAUUGUUGUGAGAAAUGUUUUAUUUUUGUGGCACUGUAUAUGUUAUAUUAUAAUUUAAAGUAAUAUAAAGGUAAAUUUCCAUAACAAAUACUCCUUUCAAGUUACCUUACAAAUAAUGAAAAAUCAUAUCUGAAAGAAUACUGUAUUUAUCACUUUUUUUAAUUUAAAAUAUAUUUCAACUCUUUGAGUUCUUGCAUUUAAAUUCGCUUAUUUAUCUUGCUAAAUGCAUUGAAUAUAAGUAAAGGGUCAGUUUCUCUCCAUGUAGUUGAAAAAAGCAGCCACAGUUGUGCUGACGUUCUUUAAUGUCAAAUAUGAAAGCACACUUUGGUGUGUCUGUAGUUAUAACAUUAUUGCAUUUUUAUUUAACUCUUUUAUGUACAUCUGUUAUUUUAGUGCUUACCUGUGUGUAUGCCUUGGAGUAGUGUAUUUCCAUUCCCCAACUAUGCUGUGAGUAGUUUUUGUACUAUUCGUGAUUAGACCUCAUUCUGAUCCAGAGAACCACACCCUUUACUGUACAUAUUGUAUUUCUUUAAUUUUUAGUUUGUUCUCAUACUGUUUGUGCUGAUGGCUUGGCUUAAGAUUUUGACUCUUAAAUGAGGUCACUGUUGAUCAGUGUUACAAGUGGCUUGGCAGCUCUUUGUUCAAAGCAUAUUGAAUUGGAAAGAUGUUCACCUAAGUCUUUCAAACUAACUAUUUAAUCAAUGUAUGGUACCAUUAAAAGUGGUUGUAUCUGAAUUAACUGUGGGGAUAACAUACACUCUAAUGGGGAAAAAGUUAUAUAAAGCUAAUUUCAAAAUAGCUUUUCUUUGUAUUUUGGUUUAAGAAUCCAGUGCAUGUACGCCCUCUGAGAUGCAAUAAACACCUUGAUCAAAGUAAAGAUGAACACUCUAAAUGUCUUUCUAAUUUCAUAAAAGAAAAGAUCCAGAAUUAUAGCCACUAGUUCUCAAUGUAUUGUUUGUUCCACAGUUUUAAAAGUGCAUCAUUUUCCAAAAAAAUUAGUGUCUGUCUACACCUGAGUCCCCUACUCAAGUUUGACUUUUACAAUCUGUUUCCUGUGGCUAAAAUCUUUCACAGAGCAAUAGGAGAAAGAAAAAUUAAACUGACUGACUAGGCACAAAGUGACAUACUCUGGACAAAGUAAGCAUAUUUUUCAAUUUGUUCUCUUUAGUCCUUAAAAAUCACACCUCUGUAAUGUAUAUGACAUAUAACAUACAGUUUAAAGUUUACAUGACCUUUCAACUAAGACUGGAUUUCACACAAAAAAAUACUGAAACAUUUAAAAAACAUAAUAUAAACGUUAAAUUCAAGUCAGUCAGUACUGUUUUCCAGAUGAGUUUCUAAUUCUGAAACUGGUAGUAAAAUUGGUUUGAAAUUGUCUUAGACUAAUACAAUGUUGCAGCUGUUUAAGGUAACGCAACUUACAGAACAAUUACUAAUAUUUAAAAUUAGAUGCAAAGUCUUUGGACUACAUCCAGCCUUUGGCUAAAUGGGUGCAGUUCAGUUAUUUUCGGUGGAAUUGUACCUUAAACCAGAACUGAAUUUGGCACUUGGGAUUAUUUGAGUCAUUCCAAAAUGCUUUGCAGCAAAGAUUGCAUUUGAAUCUUAAAUUUCAAAAGUUUACCUGACAAAUACCGUGGUGCUGGUUUCUUUCACCCUUAUCAAACAGAUAGAUAAACCUAGGCCCAGGCUCUGCAAAUAAACAUAUAUAAAGUUAUUCACAUGCAUAAGUGUUUAGAAACUAUGGGCUAUUCUGCCAAGCUUGCACAGAUAGUAGCCUCAAAAGAAGAAAACUUUUUAUUGUACCACUUUCCUUCAAUUCAUAUGAUGUAAUGCCCAAAGGAACAUACAGAUGAACUCUACAGCCAUACUGUUUCCUGGGGCAAAAAUGGAUACAAUGAAUGAGAGCACUUUUAGAGACAGGCAUAACUAAACACCAGGUAGAGAUUAUGUACUCAGAUAUGUAGCUAAUGACCAGUCAUAACCAUCAAAGCAAAACUUCAGCUGUUGAGUAUCCAAUUAAUGCUUGCCAGGACAGAUUGAAUUUCAGACUAUGACAUACAUUUGACUUAGAAUGUAAAAAAAGCUUACAGCA